CGGCAUCAAGACAAUAUACACACAACCCCACAGGCCAAUCCAUAUAAAAAAAUUCCAAAAAAAACAGAAAUAUAGAGAAAGAGAACCAGAUAUAUGUACCAAUCAGAACAUUUUAGACAACGAUAAAGGAACGAGAACGGAAACGAUUACGAAAAGAUCGAGAUUAAUGUCAGCGAGUAUAAAAUCGCGAGUGAACGUGGAACCUAGCGAAUCAAAACGGAACAAAUCGGGGAAAACGCUACGUAACGGGAUUCGCCUUAGUGUUUUUGUUGUUGUGCCAUAACCUUUAAGUGAGAGUGUCAAGAGCAAGAUCGCCCGACUUUCGAACGGAUCGAGAUGCAGAAGCGUCUUGCCGAGGUGUAAUAGUGUACGUGUUUGUGCGGUGUCCGUGCGUGGCAGUUUGUGUCUGGUCCUCAAUUGCCUCCGUUUUGUCAUCCGCCAUCCAACACCCACAAUUCCAACUACCAGGGGAUUCUACGAGCCAUUGUGAAUCUGGAUCUUUAGCGCAAAUUGAGAUAACUCUCGCCGUCUCACUUAAGCCGAGCUAAAAGAGACUAAAGGCAAAGAAAAGGAAAGAGAAAAUCAACACCAUUGAAGUGGGGAUUGAGAUUGCGCUUCAUACAACGGCGCAUCGCAGUUUACGAGUGUCCAUCACCACUACAACACCGUGCAGCAAUGGAAGACUAUUGGGGUCUUAGCAGCACUACGGAUAUCAAUUGCACUCAGCCCGCCAUCGAUGAUUUCCCCAGAGACCUGUUCUCGGAGGCGCAAAGGCAGUCCGGUGCUGUUGUACUUCAUGUUAUAGCCAGUUUAUAUUUAUUUGUAGCCUUAGCCGUAGUGUGUGAUGAGUACUUUGUGCCAGCAGUUGAGAAAAUAUGUGCAGCACUCAACAUGUCCAAUGAUGUGGCGGGGGCCACGUUCAUGGCUGCGGCCACCUCCGCUCCAGAGCUGUUUGUUAACGUGAUAGGCACCUUCAUCACGGAGGGCGAUAUCGGAGUGGGCACGAUCGUCGGAUCGGCGGUAUUUAACAUCUUGGCGGUGGCCGCCUGUUGCGGCAUCGGAGCUGGAAUGACCAUACCCCUGGACUGGUGGCCACUGACACGGGACAGCAUUGCCUACGGAGUCACAGUGGCCAUUCUCAUCUGUGUUAUGCACGACGAGCGCGUCGAGUGGUACGAGGCACUCAUCCUGGUUUCCCUUUACGCCGUCUACCUGGCGGUCAUGUAUUUCGACAAAACAUUCCAAAAGUGCGCCAAAGGUGGCGUUAAGCAGGCUCGUUCGCGCAGCAGGUCCUCCAACUGCAGCAUACACACAAAGAACAGCAAUGAGAAGGAACCAGAGCUCGUAGAAAAUCGCAUUUGCCAAAACAUGGCCAACAUUCAGCUGAAUGGAGGACUCAACAAUGACCAGGCAAAGGCUACGGGUGCCACCAGUGGCGGCACCAACACUAUUUCAUUCACCACCUCAACCAUGACCACCACGAUGGGCACCACGACCCAUAGUGCCGGAGCAAGCGGAGGAGGAGGUGAGGCAGGUGAUGUGCCGUCAGGACCAGGGGUUAUUGCCCAGAUGGCAACACUUGACGGUGGGGAGGCAGAAUCACAGCAAGCUGUGACAGCCGCCGGCGAGGAUCGCGAGGAAGAGGGCUACUCCCUGCUCACUUACCCGAAGGAGAAGAGCUGUUUCGCCCAGUUCACCUGGCUCAUCAUCUGGCCGAUCCACCUGCUAUUUCGCAUCGCCAUCCCUGACUGCAAGAAGGCCAAGAACAACAAGAUUUUUCCGCUUACCUUCAUCAUGUGCAUCGUCUGGAUCGGAUCGCUGUCCUAUGUGGUUGCGUGGAUGAUAACCAUUAUCGGUGACACACUUAAGAUACCUGAUUCGGUGAUGGGGAUUACGUUCCUGGCGGCUGGAACCAGUGUUCCUGAAGCGGUGUCCAGUGUGAUCGUGGCGAAACGCGGUCACGGAUCGAUGGGGAUCUGCAACUCGAUUGGGUCGAACACCUUCGACAUCCUGCUGUGCCUGGGGGUGCCAUGGCUGAUCAAGGCUGUCUUCUUCCCGAUCCAGCCGGGCCAGAACUACGUGGCAAUAAAUUCGGCCGGAUUGGAGUACUCGGCGAUCACUUUGCUGUCGACGCUGUUCUUGCUUUACCUUACCUUCUCUACGAACAAGUUCAAGCUGGAUAAGAAGGUGGGGACCGCCUGCCUAGUGAUGUAUCUGGUCUUUAUGGUUUUCGCCUCCCUCAUUGAACUCAAUGUGUUCUUUCGCGUCAACCUGCCCACCUGCGGUCGAUCAUGAGAUGGAUUGGCGUUCGAUAACUGCGCGAUAUACGAAGGCCGACUUGUGAAGUAUGAUGUGUGGAUGAACGAUAUACCAUUUUGGAUGAAUGGAUGGUGUGGAGAAAGACCAGGCAUUUAGUGCUGGUUUAGUUUUCCGUUUCAGCGUCCGGCAGCUGGCUGGAGAACCCUGAGUGCAGUCGUUUAAUUAAUUAAAAUGUAUUUUCUGUUCUAUUCUAUCUACCAUGAUAGUUGAGUUACGGUAUACGUUAUGCUGUUAUUGUAAUAAUACUUUUUUUUUAUUAUUAUUAUUAUUAAAGUAGACUCAUUUACGACCUUCGGUUAAAAACCAAACGAAAAAUUCAAAAUAGAUGAGAAGAAAUGAAAAGAAUAACACAGUAAACGAAGGGAAAAACAAAAACCAAAACCAAACUAAAAAAUUUAAUAAUGUAUUUAUAUGAUUAAUAUAUAUGAGAUUUAA